ACGUGUGCAAUUUUUGACUUUAUUGUUUUUGAUUGAUUUAAAUGAAUCAAAAAGAUCAGUAAGGAUUAGGUUAUACAGUUGAUUAUAAUAUGAAUCGCACAGAUUAUUUAUUGCAUAAAUAUAUGUGAUUAUAAAGUUUAAUUGUAAAUACAUGUUAUUUAUCUCACAGUCCUAUCUCUGUAUAACUUAUACAAUUAUUAAUUUUCUAAAUAACAUUCAAUUAUCAAGAAAAAAAUUUUCUUAGUAAAUGUUAAUAAAGUAUUUAAACUUGCUUAUGUAUUGUUACGAUAUAACUUUACAAUGCAUUUAGAUUCUGAUUUUGAUUCAGACAUGGAAUGUAACGAAGGAUCUUCCAACAUAAAUAUAAAUCACAAUUCUUCUGCUGCAGGUAGUAGUAAAGAAUUUUUAACGUUAAAUGAAAAUGAAGAAGAAGAUGAAACAGUAAAAGCUAUAAUCAGAUCUAAAGAAUUACACAGAACUCAUCCUCCGACGAUUACAUUAGAUGAUUUUAUAGUAGACAUAUGUUUUCAUCCUCAAAAUGAUAUGAUUGCUGUGGCUAAUAUCCUAGGAGAUGUUUUAUUAUUCAACUAUACUAACGAAGAGACGAAACUUGUAUCAUCCAUGGAAUUACAUCUCAAAGCUUGCAGAGAUAUUGAAUUCGAUCAUGAUGGUAAAAAACUUUUUUCUACAGCAAAAGACUUAUGUAUAAUGAUUACAGAUAUGGAAACUGAAAAAUUAAUAAGAUUAUAUGAAAAUGCUCAUGAACAACCUGUAUAUACUAUGAGUAUUCUUGGAGAAAACACAUUUGGAACGGGUGAUGAUAAUGGUGUUGUUAAAUUAUGGGAUCUUAGACAGAGAGGUAAUACUCCUAUAUUUUCAAUAAAACAAAUGGAAGACUAUGUUAGUGCUAUGAUUACGAAUAGCGAUAAUAAAUAUCUAGUAUGUGCUAGCGGAGACGGAUCGCUUACAACAUUUAAUAUGACUGCAAAAAAACUGCAUAUUCAGUCCGAAGAAUAUGAAGAAGAAUUAUUAUGCCUUGGUCUAUUUAAAUCAGAGACAAAGAUCUUAGCUGCCAGUAGCAAAGGAAAACUGUAUGUAUUUAAUUGGGGAGAAUUUGGUCUUCAUUCGGAUGAAUUUCCAAGCUUAACAAAAAAAGCUCUAAAUUGUCUGAUACCUAUUACAGAGAAUAUUGUAAUAACUGGUGGUGAAGAUGGAAUACUUAGAGCAACAAAUUUAUUUCCGCAUCAUCAUCUUGGUAUAGUAGGUCAGCAUAAUUUUUCUAUUGAAGCACUUGAUGUUAAUAGCGAUGGUACAUUAAUAGCAUCCUCUUCUCAUAACGACGAUAUCAAAUUUUGGAACGUAGAGUAUUUGGAAACAUUAAAUACUUCUGAGCGUAGGAAGGGUGGUAAACAAAAACAAAUGAUACAUAAUCUACCAAGUAGUAAAGUUAAUAAUGCGUCAGAUUUUUUUGCAGAUCUUUGAUCUUUUAUAUUAUUGAUGAUUUUUUCACAAAUUUACCUUUAUUGAUGAUUCAUUUGACGUAAAUACUCUGGAGCAUGAUAAUGUUGUUGAGCAUGUGCAAGCGAAGGAUGUAUUGGUGGUGGAAAACAACGAACAUGUUCCACACUGGUUGCAUCACUAUCUCCACUUUUUAAAUACUUAUUUAAUACAGCAAAAAUUUGAGAAUUUAAUACUUGAAAUCUCCUUAUACGAUCAACCAUUCUUUUUAAACGCUGUAAAAAAAUAGAAAAAGAAAACAAAAAAAUGAUUAAAUGAAUAAGUACAAAAAGAUAACAUAAAAGAAAUUUGAAUAAAAAUAAUAAUACAUACGAUUCCUUUGACAUUUUCAUCCUUGCCAUCUACGCGCUGCACUCUGAGAAUGUGAUAGCAAAAAUCAAGAGCUUCGAACCUUCUUUGUUGGCCAAGAAGAACUAUCAUAGCGCAUCCAGCCCAAUGUAAGCCUUCACCAAAUAAUUCCCUAUGGCACAUAUUAUAUAUUUGAUUUUAUUUCAUAUAAAAAUUAAGAAUAACAAUUCUGUUAUAUUACUGACUCAACAGUAAAUUCUGUAUCUCCAACAGGAAUGCAAUAUACAAAUUGUAGAGCACUCCAAAGUCUAUGGAAUUCUGUACAUUCGUCUACAUUCAUUACUCCAUUUGCAGGUGGUGGUCCAAUCCAAAUAGGAUCAUC